GGCAUGUCCCAACAGCGCCGCCGCCGCCGCCGCUUUCACGACGGACAUAAACAAUAAAGUCACCAGCGCCGGGAAAGAAAAGCAGGAGUCGAUCUGCGGAGGGAGCGCGGCGCCCUUGCUCGCCGCUUUCUCCGGGCCCUUUCUCCGCCCCCGAAAGCAGAGAGAGCGGGAGGAGCGGGAUCGAAGGAGAACGAGAGGGCGGAGGGGAGCGAGGCUUCCAUUUCCCGCAUGGAGGGUCUCUGCUCGCUGCGGGUGAGCCUCUUCUCCGACCAAGGGGGCAGGAAAUACAUGGAGGACGUGACCCAGAUCCUGGUCGAGCCGGAGCCCGCGGGGGCGAGCGCGGCGGCGGAGCAGGACGCGGCGGCGGCGGCGGAGAGCGCUGGCGGGCGCGGAAGAGGAGGCGCCGCGGCGGCGGCGGCGGCCGGGGCGCAGUCGGAGCCGCCGCCCGGUCUUCCCCCGCCUGCUCCGGGCUCCGGCCGCUCGGUGGCUUUCUUCGCCGUGUGCGACGGCCACGGCGGGCGGGAGGCGGCCCACUUCGCCCGCGAGAACCUCUGGGCGUUCAUCAAGAAGCAGAAGGGCUUCCGCUCCCACGAGCCGGCCGCCGUGUGCUCGGCGCUGCGCAAGGGCUUCCUCGCGUGCCACCGCGCCAUGUGGAAGAAGCUGCCUGAGUGGCCCAAGACCAUGACCGGCCUUCCGAGCACGUCGGGAACAACUGCCAGCGUGGUGAUCAUCCGGGGCUCAAAGAUGUACGUGGCUCACGUCGGCGACUCAGGGGUCGUGCUUGGAGUCCAGGAUGACCCCAAAGAUGACUUUGUCCGGGCUGUGGAGGUGACGCAGGAUCACAAACCUGAACUUCCGAAGGAGAGGCAGCGGAUCGAAGGUCUUGGGGGCAGCGUGAUCAAUAAAUCUGGCGUGAACCGAGUCGUAUGGAAGAGGCCUUGCCUGACACACAACGGCCCCGUGCGGCGAAGCACCGUGAUCGAUCAGAUUCCGUUCCUGGCGGUGGCUCGCGCCCUCGGAGACCUGUGGAGCUACGACUUCUACACUGGGGAGUUCGUCGUGUCCCCCGAGCCCGACACAAGCGUGCACACGCUGGACCCUCAGAAGCACAAAUACAUCAUCCUGGGUAGCGAUGGAUUGUGGAACAUGAUCCCGCCUCAAGAAGCCGUUUCCAUGUGCCAGGACCACGAAGAGAAGAAGUAUUUUAUGGGUGAGCAUCAACAGUCUUUGGCCAAGAUGCUGGUGAACCGGGCCCUGGGCCGGUGGAGGCAGCGCAUGCUCCGGGCGGAUAAUACCAGUGCCAUCGUGAUCAGCCUGUCCUCGGGCCGGAGCAGCCGAAGUAGCCCGGACAGCGAGGAGGAGCUCUGCUUCAACCUGGCGGAGGGUCCGGCCUACAGCAGCCCCGAGAUGUGGGCAACAACGCCGUCGCGCUGCUCCACCCCACCCGUCAAGGUUUUCGAAGAGGACUUGUGGCCACGACUGAGCUCCCCCGAGACUGUUCCUUUACUCACACGUAGCCACGCAGUGUUGGGUAAAACCUCUGAGCUGCUCAGCAGCGAGGUGGCUGCGAAGGGCAGCGUCCAGUCGGCCACGGCGUCUCCCAGGGGGACACCGCCGCAGGAGGAGAGCUGCAGCAAAGCGCUGGGGCUGCGGGCCCGUGAAUCGUGCGGCAGAACCCCCCCGGGGGCCCUUUUCCCCUCCAACGCUGGGAACGCGGGCACAGACCCGAAGGCCUUCAAGACGUCUCCGAGCGACCCGUCGAAAGCACAGGACCCCGAGCGGAAUCCAGCGACGGCAAGCUUCAAAAGGACAUUGGAAGAGUCCAAUUCAGGACCAGUAGUCAAGAAAUACCGGCGAGGGCCAACGCGGAACGUUGGAGCUCAGUCCGAGACCCUGUCUUCCACCCCCCAGCACAAAACUCCCAGCAAGCUUGCCAUGCGUCGCAGCCUGCGUGGACAGAAGCAGCUGGGAAAUCCAUUGUUCCACCAGCCCCGGAAAGCACUGUGUGUUUGCUGAACUGAUAGCUGGAAGAACGCCAUCUUUCCUGCCCAGGUCAACGUUAUGAAGUCUUGUUGCAGAUACUCCGGAGUUGCAAUUCUCCCUUUCCUGUUCAUGUUUUAUUUUUUAAUUUUAAAACAAACGUAGAACACUUUUUUUUUGUUGGUAUUUGAACAGCUUUAUCUCAACUUUGUUGCUUGCUUGUAAUAUAACUGUGAAUUUUGUAGACGUGGAUGAUACAGAAUUUUCUGUAAAGAAUGUGUGUAAAUUUAUAUUCCUUCAUACAAAUGUAGUUUCCCCACCUAACUUUUCUCUCACGCAAUUUUUACAACAGGGCUAAAAACAAACAACUCUCCACACACCUUUGAAUUUAAAUGAUUAAUUUUGUUCUUUGGAGUGGGGAGGCGGUUAAUUUAGUACAAAGUGAUGAAUUUGUAUAAACUUCUCGUGAUGACCUUGCAACUUUUUAAUGAAAGUAAAUUAUUAAACAGAAUGGAAGAUAUGUAUUUUCGUAGUACUUAAUAUGUUCUGCCUGGAGUGUGCCCUAUUAGAGAAUAUAACACUAGGUCUAUUUUCUUUCUUUCUGUCUUUCCUUCUUCCUGUCUUUCUUUCUUAACUUUUAGAAUUCUCUAUUCAGAAAAGAAAUGUACACAGAAAGUAUGUUGAGUCUUCUUCAAACCACUCAAUGCUGAUUUCUGUGUUUAAUUAAAAUACUAUGCAGUACUUCUCUUGGCUUUAUUUUGGGAGGGGGUAAGAUCAAGGGCCAAUAUUUUAGCUCAGAAACAAAAAUAUGAGAUUUCCUCCAUCACUUCAUAGGCCCCAGUUCUUUGGAACUGGUUUUUUGAGGUUUUCUCUUAGCAACACAUUCGGGAAUAAUACACAUUCCUUUCUACAAGCACGGGAUAUUUUACUAUUUCAGCAAUGGCUGGUGCUCUUGAUGGUGACCUUUCCAUCACGGGAUCUUAAGUUAUUGGGAUGAUUUUUCUAGUUUUCUUUGCAUAUGUGGACCAUGUAUACUUAUAAUGAAAUAAAAUUAGCCAAAACCCGUG